UUUAAUAAAAAGCUUAUUAUAUAUUUAGAUAGACCAAUUUAUUUCUCUAAGGAUUCUAAAAAUCAUUCUAGUGAUGACACGCGGCUACAAAAAAUGUUGUAAUGCUUCUCAAAUAAUAUAUAAGGGAUUACUUGAUUGAUAAAACAAAGUAAAUAUUUCUCAAGCAAGAUAUAGCAUCCAAUGCUAGAUUCUUAUAUACUUUUUAAAUCUCUUUAUAAGGCAUGGAAUAACUAUUACUCAUUUUGAAACAAUAACCGAUACUUAUUGAGCAUUUAUCUAGUAAAAGAUAGAUUUUAAUUUAUUGAUUUCAACUAAAAGAUCAUGUUUGCUUUUAACAGUAAUUAAUAAUGAAUGUUUUUACAUCGUAGAAAAAUGUAAUUUGCGAAAAAAAUAUUUAUGUUGACAAGACUGACUAAUGAGUUCAAUUUUCAAUUAGUUUAAUUUUAGUUGAAAGUAAUAUUUCUCAAACCGAGAUCCAAAAGUUUUUUUUAGGCAUUUAAUGUCCAACGUUGGAUAGCAAACUAUACUUGAAAAAAAGUUUACUUCAACAUAAAUAAAACAACACUAAAACUUGAUCCGCGUCAAUACACGAAUGUUUGAUUUAACUUGUGUUUAUCGUAAAUUCAUAAACUGCUGAUUUUAUAAAAAUUCUCAUUUCUAUUUUUGUAUGUUUUGUUAUUUAUAUAUAGAGUAAAAUAUAUUAUUUUAUUAUAUAUAUGUUUGAUAAUGAUUUUUUAAUUUGUACAUAAUAUUAUAUUAAAAGUUUUAUAACUUGAUGCAAUUUGAUGUAAUAUAAAAGUUGUAUUAUCCUUUAAUAUAUGCGAUUUAGUUAAUAUUCAUACAAUAUAUGAAUAUUUAUUUGGUUAGAUAAGCUUUAAAAUUUUAAUUAAUUAAUUUAAAUUAAUUUUAAAUAUAGUGGUAAAAUCUGUAAAUAAUAAAAAUACAAAAAAUAUUUAAUUUAUUGUAAAUGUAAUGGUUAAAUGUGUAAAUAAAAAUAAGUACUAAAAAUACUGUUAUACAUGUUUCCAAAAAAAAUUCAUCAAUUAUUAAUUUUAAUAAUAUAGAUUUCUAAACAGUGACAAAUUGCAAAAUCUUGCAAUUAGACCUUAUCGCACCGCGCAUUUUAAAUAUCACCGAUGUCAUUAACUUUUAUUCGUUUACCAAAAAUUUCAUUUUAAUCAACCAUCAAUAUGUAAGAGUGUACAUAGCUAGUCGAAUGUAUCAAAAGCUAUUGUGUUGAUAAAUAUAGCUGUCGUGGAAUGCAUGUGCCCAAAGUUUACUUUUUGUUUUUUCGUCUUUUAUUGUAUUAAUUUACAAUGAGUCUAUGUUGACUAGUAUGGACGUGUUAAAAAGUCAUACCAACCCCUUUAUCAUACACGUUUCCAAUCAUUAAUCUAUGCCUAAAAUCCAAUUUAAUUACUCUACAUCUCUGUAAACCAUCUUUACCUCGUAGACUUUUAUUCGUACCGUUAUCAAUGGAUGGUUACUUGUGAAUUGUUUAACUGACCAUUUACACAUAUUUCGACUCUCUUGAGAUAUUUCUGAAUCAUAAGGAUCAAAAUUAGUUUUUGACAAAAGAUUAUGAGUUUUUAUAUUUUCAAACAGAAUCAGUUUCAUAUACUUUUAAAAAAUAUAUAUAAUUAAUUAUAUUAAUUGGCCCGAGUAAAUCGCAAAUAAGAAAAAUACAUACGCCCAAUAAUGACCGGAGAAACAACAGUACUAGGUUACAAAUAGACAACAAACUUAAAGCCGUAAGAAAGCAAACUAAAAAAACAAGAAAAGUAAAGUGAAGCUUCAAUUCCGAUGGACAACACAGUUGCGAACUCCGGUGGACAACACACUCUAGUCGGUGUGUCCAAGAUCAGCCUUAGAUCCAUCUCCGCACACCGUGCUAGAUACCACCUGAUGAGCGUCCCACGUCCAAGAAUCACUGGAUCUGGAGGAAGACACCGGUUCCCAAAAACCCUAACCCCAUCAGUUCCCAUGGUGCCUCGGUUUCAUAUACUUCAAAGUGACAUAUUUAAGUUUCAGAUUUGAAUGGUCACUGCAUAUAACAAUGUUUAAUACUGUAAUAUACUAGUAACGUAUUGGCCAUUCUAACAACUAAACUUGUGAAUUCAAGUUAUUAACUUAUCGUUGCAGAACAAAACACAGAUAAUGACUAAAAAGGUAAUGACUAAAAAAGAGGUAUAUAGUUCAACAAAAGAAAAAGAGAUAAUUCUUAAAACAUUUUUAUCACAUUUCAUAAUUUAUUUCAAAAAUAGUGUGAAAAAUUAAGUAUGAAUGAAAAAUAAAAAAAUUACUCUAAAAAAAUAUAUAUUCUAUUUUAUUAUUAUAUUUUUAAAGUAAACUAUAGAACAGAGAUGAAAAUACUGUAAAUUAUACAAUUUUUCACGUCGUUAUGCUAUUUAAUUUUGGGAAAUGUUUUAGUCACAUCAUUAGUCUCAUUAUGAACAUUUAUAGCUAGUUAGAUAGGCUAUACAGUCAGACCAACAGACUAACCCACUAAAAUUUUUAAAGAAAAAAAUGAAAAUUAAUCUGUGUACGUGGGAUUCAUCUCAAAAUUGAAUGUUUAGAGCAUCUGCAUUGAAGGUUCAAUGCAGAAGUUCACACCUUUCCCAAAAAAAAAAAAAAUUAAAAUAUUCUAUUUUUGGUGAACUCAGCUCUUGCAGGAUCACUGGGAUGAACCUAGUUCAUCACUGUAUCGCGGGCCCCACGCCACGUGGCGGUCCGUGAUUGGUCCGCUUAAUUUUUUUUUAAAAAAAAAAAAAAUAAUAAUAAAAAAUUAAAGUUAUGAACCUCCCUUAAGAUUCAUAGAUGCUGAUGCCCUUAGAUAAUCAAGGAUACAAGUAUUAUUAAAUUGCGACCGACAAUCAUGGUUAGAUCAUAAAUGAUAAUCUAGUGAACCAGAUUAUAUAUCAUCAUUACUCGCGUUAAUUCAGACUACAAUUUUAUCUACUUAUUAGACGAACUUGCUCUAUCAGAAGGAUCAAAUCAGAUUUUUUUUUUUUGGCAUCGGAUCAAAUCAGAUUGGUCAUAACCAAAGGUAGCUCAAAUUGUAUAAUCAUAAUUAAUGAAAAGAGUUUUUUUUUGUCAACUUGAAAAGAGUUUCUUUUAAAACAAUAAAAGCAAUGUGUAUUGUAUAAAUUAGAAUUAAUGUGAAUAAAUGUCAGGUUUCUUCCUUAAAUAAAAAGUUCCCCACCACUUGUACUGGUACACAUAAACAAACAAAGAAACAAAUUUUCAAUUUUCCCACUUAUCAUAUUUGAUACUGAUAUUCAAUUUACACCAAUCAGUAAAGAAAAGAGAAGUCUUACACCAAACGAGUCCCACCGAUCAAGAAAUUUAGAAAAAAAAAGAUUAAAAUAAAUAUAAAGAGACUUAGAAAUGUCACCGAACUUUCAUUUUACUCUCUCUCUCUCUCUCUCUCUCUCUCUGUUCUCCAUUUUUUCUCCUUGGCUGACCUCUCUCAUCCUCUGCUUAACUAUCAAUUGUUUUUCUCCCAAAUCUUUUAAACAAAUCUCAUAUUCUUCAAAGUUUAUGCUUCUCUUCCUAUUAGAGAAUGAGCUUGUUCUUCUAGUUAAUGGAUCUAUCAGCUCGUCGUAAUAUCCUCCGGGAUCUGAACUUUACUCCGCCGCCGCCACCACCACCACCAAUGACUGUUUUCCACCGUGUGAGCUCGACGGGGACGAACUUUCCGAUCAUAGCCGUCGCCGUGAUUGGAAUCUUAGCCACAGCUUUCUUACUUGUAAGCUAUUACGUUUUCGUUAUCAAAUGCUGUCUGAACUGGCAUCGAAUCGACAUUCUUGGUAGAUUCUCACUAUCCCGACGUCAACGCAACGACCAUGGUGGUCCUAUAAGGCUUUACUCUCCGAGGAUAAAACGCGGUCUCGAUGAAUCCGUCAUUAGAGCAAUCCCUAUUUUAAAGUUCAAGAAGAGGAGAGAAGGAGAAGAGAAUACUUGUCAAGAAUGCUCGGUUUGUUUGAAUGAGUUUCAAGAAGAGGAGAAGCUGAGGAUUAUCCCACACUGUAGUCAUUUGUUUCAUAUCGACUGCAUCGAUAUUUGGCUUCAGAACAAUGCCAAUUGCCCUUUGUGUAGAACUAGGGUUUCUUGCGGCACAAGUUUCCCUCCCGAUCCGGUUUCUGCUCCAAGUACUUCCCCAGAUAAUGCGGUAUUGGGGUCAGACACCGGCGAAAAUGAGUAUGUUGUCAUCGAGCUAGGUGAUAGCAUCAGUAGUGACAGAGAUAGUCCAAGAAGCGGAAGGAUACGUGUGGUACAAGAAAGAUCGAAUUCAAGUCACCUACUGAACCAAAGUUCGAUCAGCCAAUCUCCUAGGAAGCUUAACAGAGGAGAGUUUCAGAGAAAAGGAAGAAAGCUUCACAAAGUCACCAGUAUGGGAGACGAAUGUAUCGACAUUAGAAGAGACAAAGAUGAGCAGUUUGGUAGUGUUCAACCCAUCAGAAGAUCGAUCUCGAUGGAUUCGUCUGCAGAUAGACAGCUGUAUCUGGCUGUUCAAGAGGCGAUUAUUAUCCGGAAAAAUCAGGAAAUUCCGGUGGUCGGAGAAGGAGCUGGAGAGUGUAGCAGUAGUAGCAACAAAAUGAAGAGAUCCUUCUUCUCUUUUGGGAGUAGUAGACGUUCUAGAAGUUCUUCCAUAUUGCCUCUUUAUUUUGAACCCUAAUGGACCACUUUGCUUCUUUGUUUUCUUUUUCUUGUUUCUUCCUAACAUUUGCUUUUUAUUUUUAUUGUUUGGUCGGUGAGGUAGGUGAAGAAUACAGGCCUGUUUUGGAUUUUAGAGGUCAAAAGAGUAAAUGAGUUGUAUUGUGAAAUUAUUGGACUUUUUAAGUUUGAAAAACUAAAAUCUCAUUUUGCCAAUGAACGAAUAUGAACAUACUUUUGGUGUUA